CAUGGUAGAAGACAAACAAAAAUCAACCCUGGAGAUGUGGCCAAAGGAGUGGUGAGAGACAGUAGGAAUGUGGGCAGGAGCAGAGUGCAAAUCUGAGAAAGUGGAUGAACAACUUCAGGACUCAGACUGCUGAUCCCCAGAGAAGAGGGGAGGGGAGGGGACAGCACAGAAGGGCGGGGAGAAAGAAAUUCUGUUGGAGUCACUUCUGCCGGGCACCCGGAGCGGCAGGGAAAGCUCCGAGGGAGCGAGUGACAACUGCGACUGGGGCAGCCCUGGAGGAAGGCGGGAGCUGCGCAGAAGGCUGUAGCUUUGGCCAAGCCUUCUUGCCAGAUUAGAAGGGGCGACGGGGAGGGACCUUUCAGCCGUCGCAGCGCCAGCGCUCCCGCCCGGGAAGAUCUUGCCUCCACAGCCCAGCGGCGGUCCCAGUCUGCGCGCCUCUGUCCCCGCGCUCUUCUGUCCCCAGCUCCGGGAACCAGGUCCUUUCUUCUCAGCGCGCCCAUCGACCAUGGAUGGCAGCUCUCUGCUCUCGGUCCCAAGCCAUGUGGGUAGCUGAGCCAAAUUCACCCACCUGCCUCUCUGCUGCCUUGCCCACCAGGAACCACUCCCAGGAAUCCAGCAACUCAGAGUCACCACUGAUGUGCGAGGUUCCAGCAGCCCAGCCGGGUGGGGCCAGCGGCAGCUCAGGAAGCAGCCUGGGAAGCUCCAUCACGGCCUGUAAGAAGGUGCUUUGCAGCAAUAGCCUGCUCGAGUCUACAGACUACUGGUUGCAGAAUCAGAGGACACCCUGCCAGAUUGGGUUCGUGGAAGACAAGUCCGAAGACACAGCUUGUGCUUCCGUCUGCUUUGUGAACCUGGAUGUGAACAAGGAUGAGUGCAGCACGGAGCACCUGCAACAGAAAUUGGUCAACGUUUCUCCAGAUCUCCCAAAACUUAUCAGCUCCAUGAAUGUCCAAAAACCAAAAGAAAAUGAAAUUGUCCUCCUCAGUGGGUUAACAUCUGGAAAUCUCCAGGCAGAUUUUAAAGUUUCACAGUAUCCUUGGCUGCCAGACAUCUGCUUGGUCCAGUGUGCAAGGGGGAACAGACCAAACAGUACCAACUGCAUCAUCUUUGAAAUCAACAAAUUUUUGAUUGGCCUGGAAUUGGUUCAGGAGAGGCAGCUCCACCUGGAAACAAACAUCUUGAAGGUGGAGGAUGACACCAACUGUUCCCUGUCUUCAAUUGAGGAAGACUUUCUCACCGCAUCUGAGCACCUGGAGGAGGAGAGUGAGGUGGAAGAAUACAGGAACGGUUAUGAGAACAUAAAUGUUUCAGCCAAUGUUAUGGAAAGUAAAAAGCCGAAGGAAAUCACUCAGGAGGACUGGGAUUACAAUAAGGAAAAGUCACUUUAUACUUUGGAAGACAAAUACAUUAGCAAAUACCACACGUCGUUGAUUAAAACAGAAACAUCUCUGGGAAAAGUAGCAGAAGACACAACUUUGCAGAGUCUAGAGCCAUCAGCAAAGCUAUCAGGGUGGAAAGGUGAAACUACAGGGAAUGAGACGACAGCCACAAAUUACUAUUAUUCAGAAAAUUUUAAAGAACAAGUGGAAAAAUUGCAGGCACUCUGUAUUCCAGGCAAUGCUUAUUUCUCCAAGGUGGUUAAGAAAGAUGGACCUUUUGCCCAUGGCACUGUCAUGGAGCAUGACCACAAGUUAGACACAGGAGACCAUGAAGAUGGAACAAAUUCUCUUCUUCCCAUACAAGAUGAAGAAGUCACAACCGGCGAGUAUGCUACAAAUUUAGCAGAAUCUGUGCUGCAAGAUGCAUUUAUUAGAUUAUCUCAGUCUCAGCCUACACUACCCCAGGAAACUGCAGUCAGUGUCUCCGUAGGAAGUGCUCUGUUCCCUCGUCGCUGUUCCACAAAAGAUAUCGUGGUCCCUCAGUCAUGGAAUGAGCUCCCCAAAAUUGUCAUUGUUCAGAGUCCCGAUGGCAGUAAUGCUCCCCCUGAGCCUGACACCUCUACGUGGCCUGAGAUGGAAGUCUCUUUUGAAAACUCAGAUGGCCCCUCUGGAGAGAAUGCCAGCAGACACCCCCAGAGUGCUCUAGAGGUAGCAUUAGCUUGUGCAGCCACUGUGAUUGGAACUAUUUCCAGUCCACAGGCCACAGAAAGACUGAAAAUGGAGCAAGAAUCCCUUAUUUCCAACCAUCCACCAGGUGGCAACGACCUACUGCAGACUCAAGCAUCCCAAGUACUCAAGGAACCUUCCAUCGGCGAAUACUCAUUUCCAUCUGCUUUGUGUGGCAUGACUCAGGUGGCCAGUGCCGUCGCUGUCUGUGGCCUGGCUGAAGCAGGACAGGUGAAGUGCCCUGAAGCUUCAAGUGGAGUCUUGUCUGCAGCUGUGUCUUCUGCAGCAAUUCCUCCACUUUUUAAUUUAGCAACAGGGAGGGGCAUGGCGCUGGGAAAUGAGGCCAUUGCAGAGGCAUUGUUCAAAGAGGCCGCUCUGGCUUUAAUAAGGCCUGAUGCCUACAGCAGCAUUGGAGACCUCAUGGAAUCAAUGCGCAGAAGAAUUAUGGAAACGGCUUCCAAGCCUCAGAUCCUGUGCUCAGAAAAUGCGCUUGGAAAUGAACUGGCACAUGCUCUGUCCAAUAUGAUUCUGAAGCACUGCAUUGAUGAAAUUCCCCAGCAAAAUACAAGGAUUGACCCCAAAGGCACGCAUUCAUCUGAAACUCUGGACUUCUUAAUGGAAAGUAUAAAUCAACUGCUCUUCAAUGUGAUAUGCUUCACACUCAAGAAGAUGAGCCAUAUUGUACAGCAUGGUGAAUGUCCCACUCUCCUUUCUAAGGAAACCAUUGGAUGGAGGGAAACAGAACUAGGCAACCAGCCACCUGAUCAGGCUGCUAGUCAAGCAUGGACUAAAGCCACUGAAUACUCCAGCAGCCAUCCACAUAUUCAUCCAGGUAACACUAGUCUUGUUAUCAAUGACCUUGUAGAGGACAUGCCUCCAAAGCAAGACAACAAGGGUUCAGCAAAGCCAGGCCUCUUCCAGAACCCCAUGCUACAAUCUGAAUUGUCUUGUAGUCCCAGAAUGCUUGGUUCUUCAACUGCUAAAAUAUUCCCCCAGGAAGUAUAUCUGAAAGGAACCAUGGGAAAGGAUAUAAUAAACCCAUAUCAGACACUGAGUCACAAUGAGAAUGAAUGCAGAGCCUCUUCAGAGGGAGAAAGGACACGGGUAGCCACCAAGUGCAGCAGCGGUUCCCAGGAUGCUGAGGACAGCUGCAGUCCCAACAUCCAAGAGAAGUACAAUUGUGCUUCACUUCUAAACAAUGAAGUUCAAGUUAAUCUGUCUUUGUUAGGGAGUGACUUGCUGCUUCCUGCUCAGUCCAUGCUGCAGGCAAAACACACAGAGGUAUACAGCAUUACAGACUUUGCCGAAGAAUUAGCAGAGACCAUUGUCUCCAUGGCAACUGAAAUCGCAGCAAUUUGCCUUGACAACUCAAAGGGAAAACAACCCUGGUUUUGCGCAUGGAAAAGAGGGACCGAGUUUCUGGUUACCCCGAACCUAACCUGCCGAUCUUUGAAAAGGAAGGAAAGUCAGGCCAGUGGGGCCGCUGUGAGGAAACACAAGCCACCACGGCUCAGUGAGAUCAAGAGGAAAACAGAUGAGCACCCAGAGCUUAAAGAGAAGCUGAUGAACAGGGUUGUGGACGAGUCAAUGAACCUUGAGGACACCCAAGAUUCUGUCAGUGUCUUUGCAAACGAAGUAGCAGCCAAGAUCAUGAACCUGACAGAGUUUUCCAUGGUGGACGGCGUCUGGCAAGCCCAGAGCUUUCCCCGGAAUCGGUUACAGAGUGGAGACAGGUGGAACCGGCUGAAGGCCUCCAGCUGUGAAAGCAUUGCCGAGGAGGACUCUAACGCCAGGGCCUAUGUCAACAGCCUGGGUUUAAUGAGCACCCUAAGUCAGCCAGUGAGCAGGGCCAGCUCUGUCUCCAAGCAAUCGAGCUGUGAGAGCAUCACCGAUGAGUUUUCCAGGUUCAUGGUGAAUCAGAUGGAGAAUGAAGGAAGAGGAUUUGAGUUGCUGCUGGAUUACUAUGCAGGCAAGAAUGCCAGCAGCAUUGUGAACUCAGCUAUGCAGCAGGUGUGCCGGAAAAAUGACCACCUCAGUGUGAGGUCAAGCUGUCCCUCUAAGCAGUCCAGCACAGAGAGCAUCACCGAGGAGUUCUACAGGUACAUGCUGAGGGACAUUGAAAGAGAAAGCAAAGAGAACGCCUUCUCCAGACGCAGCAGCCAGGAUUGGACGGCGGGUUUAUUGUCACCUUCUCUGCGAUCCCCACUGUAUUACAGACAGUCGUCUAUGCCAGAUGGCAGAUCCCUGGGCGCCAGGCUGACAGUGAAUGUGCCAUUCAAAGCCAACUCCUUAGAUGGCUUUGCUCAAAACAACCAGCGAGAUUUCCUGAGCGUACAGCCAGUCAGCAGUGCUUCCUCAACGGGGCUCUGCAAAUCUGAUUCUUGUUUGUAUCGCAGAGGUGGAACUGACCAGAUCACAGCCAUGUUAAUUCAUGAGACAUGGGCAAACUCAAUCGAGGCCCUCAUGCGGAAGAAUAAAAUUAUAGUGGAUGAUGCCCAGGCUGAUGCUGAGCCUGUUUCUGGUGGCCCUCCCUUGCACGUGGACAAGUGUGCAAACAGGUUAGCGUCGAGCAGAGUGCAAAGUGGGCCAAUUCUUCUUGUCCAGGAGUCUAUUGAUUACCAGAGGAAAGACUCUGUUACCGAAAGCCAACAUCCCCCAGUGUCCUCUCCAAGCAAAGCUGCUCCUCUUAGUUUCAAUUCUAAAAAGGAAACUUCCUUGUGCCAUGAUGGUGUCUCUAGAAACCACACCAGGCAAUCACUUUGUUCAAGGGAAGUGCCUUUGAUUCAGAUUGAAACAGAUCAGAGAGAAGAGCGUGCUGGUGAACCUGAACACACCCUUUCCAAGUGUGGCCCCCUGGAAGGAGCAGAGGAGCAUUUGAAAGACGAUGAGAAAGUCCCAGAUGUGGUGAGGGGUAGAGAUGCGGAGAAGAAAAACUGCCAAAACUACGGUGACAGCCUUGAUGCCAGCAACGUACCAGAGGCUGAAGUCCCGACAGAAGGCAGAGCCCCAGAUGAGGUUCCCAACCCUCCCGUCAGCAGUGGGGAGAGCACAGAUAGCUGGUCUCAGCUUGCCAAUGAGGAGGACAACCCAGACGACACAAGUAGCUUCCUGCAGUUCAGUGAGCGAUCCAUGAGCAAUGGCAACAGUAGUGCCACUAGCAGUCUUGGCAUUAUGGACCUGGACAUUUAUCAGGAAAGCAUGCCAUCUUCUCCCAUGAUUAAUGAAUUAAUAGAAGAAAAGGAGAUUCUUAAAGGACAGUCAGAAAGCAGAGAGGAAUGUGCCUCGGGCGCACCUGGGGGAGCCGCCAGCCGCCAGGGGAGCAUGCUGGUGAUCAACUUCGACCUGGAGCCAGAGUGUCCUGACGCGGAGCUUCGCGCCACUCUGCAGUGGAUCGCCGCCUCCGAGCUCGGGAUCCCGACCAUCUACUUUAAGAAAUCUCAGGAAAACAGGAUUGAGAAGUUUCUAGAUGUCGUGCGGCUGGUUCACCAGAAGUCCUGGAAAGUGGGGGACAUCUUCCACGCCGUGGUUCAGUACUGCAGAAUGCGCGAGGAGCAGAAAGAUGGGGCCCCGAGUCUCUUUGACUGGCUGUUGGGACUGGGAUAAGGCAGCUAGGCCCUGCACAGUACUCCUUUUCUUUAUUCCACUUUAGAAUAUAGUGAUUUGUUCUAAAUGCUCUAAACUUUCUCAAACGUUGCAUCCCAUUAGCAGAGCUAUAAAAAAAUCUGCUGUUCAAGGCUACUGCCCAUGGAGUAAAUCAGAGGAAAAGCAAACUAUAGAUUUGUACAAGUCAAUACAACCUGUGGGUGAGUUCAAAAGAGUUUGGGUUAGAGUGGCUGGAAAACUGAAAGUUUACGAGGACUGAAAUUAAAAGCUUAUAGCCCUAGCCAGUUUGGCUCAGUGGAUAGAGCAUGGGCCCUCAAACUGAAGGGUCCCAGGUUCAAUUCCGGUUGAGGGCACAUACCUGGUUGCAGGCUCGAUCCCAGUUGGGGAGCAUGCAGGAGGCAACCAAUCAAUGUUACUCUCUUUCUGUCUUUCCCUCUCCCUUCCACUCUCUCUAAGAAUCAAGGGAAAAAUAUUCUCGGGUGAGGAUUAACAAAAAGAAAAAAUUUUAAAAAAAAAGAAGCUUAUAACUAGCCCCAAUCUCUAAGAAAGCUGCUGUUGCAUAUUUUUAUAAUAUAAGAUAAAAUGUGUAAUGUUACCCAUUAUGCAGAUCAACUGGAAACAAAGUCACUUGUCAAAAUAAUUUUGUAAACUAUGUCGUAUCCUUUAUGUUACUUUUCUGAGCAGAUUACAGGGGUGUCAGCCCAGGUGAACACAAAAUAUGACUGGGAAAUUUUCAGAACUUAAAAAAAAAUUUCCAUUUUCAGACUAAUAUCAGUGGGUGUUAACAGAAAUAUAAGAGUAUCAUCAAUGUUUUCUACUGAGGUGAUUUUAUGUAUUUACUGCAACCCACUGAUAACUAUUCCGCACUUCCUCAACAAUACCUGGAUUCCUAACUAAUCAGAAAACUCUUGGUGUUCAGCUGAGAUCAAAGAUUGUCUUGUUUCCAUCUCUAUAUUAGGUGGUUAACAUGGUUAUGGAAUUCUUACCCUAAGGGCAAGCUUUCCCCCCAAACAAAGGAAAGUCUUUUGAGAUAAAAUCUGUUUGUGUGUUAAAUUAUAUGAAAUAUAAACUUUCAUUUUAUUAUUACUUUAAAUUGUGAAGAGAUUAUCUUAAAUAAUAUAUUGGAUUAUCUUAGAGAGCCAUAAAAUCUGAAGAGAUUGUUGUCUUAAGUCACAUAUAUUGAUACUUGAGCUCAGUGGUUUCAUUAUAAAUGUGCUGGUCCCUCUAUGGCUGACCUGCUACUCAGAUGGCAUUCAUACUGACAGAGGCAGGAUUUGACAAAACCAGUAAGGACCAUACACUCUUCUGGAUCCAAAGAUAUUAUUGUUUAAUUUGGGGAAAAGAAAACCUUAUUACAUUUAAGUAUGUUAAUAACAGAGAUUUAGUCUUUUGGAAAAUGAGAGCAGCUAACUUCUCCUUAAUAAGUCUCCUUUCCUUUCAACUAAAUGAGCUACACUGGUUUUUAUUUUCUUGAUCAAAGAAGGUGUUUAUUAAAGAUUUCCUGAAAUACUAUGCUUUUACACUAUUUUUAGAGAUGGUGAAGUAAUUUUAAAUGGGAACAAGGCCCCAGACCAGGAAAAGCCCCAGUAAUACUGGCCUGAUGUGUCAUCCACGUCUUGAGAUGUCAAGAAAGUUUCAUUGUAAGCCACAUUUCCCUUCCCACCCUCCACCCCACAAAUCCAUCCCACUACUCGUUAGGCAUUUAUUGUAUAAGUAGUCCAAAUCUAGGUUAUUCAUGGAAUUUGACACAUUAAUCAAAUGUCAAAUUUUAAAAUUUAUUCAUCAUCUCAAGCUGCAAAUUCUCUGUGCUAGUAAAUGAAAAAGGAUCUAUUUAUUUUUAAAACAAUCUCAGAAUACUAUGUGUACUUUUGUUGUGCUCUAAUGAAUGUUUACGUAUCCUACAAAGCACAAAUAUUGGAUUGUAACCAUGUGAUGAAGUUAUAUGUGUUGUACUGAAUGUUGCAAACAAAUCAAUAAAUUUUUGUUGUCAAA